UCCCCGGACGAUGGAUGACGUGCAGGAGGCCGGCAGGUCUCCCCCGGGAGUCGAGGACUUCGUGUCGGCCCGGUCCCGGAGCAGGCCCCCGGUCAGCAUUCUCCUCUCCACCUUCCUGUUCUGUGCGGAGACGGCGGCCGCCUGCUGGAUGUCGGCGGAGUACGGCCGAUCGGAGGACGAGGUGUGGAUGGCGCUGACCAUCGUCUUCAUGCUGGUCCCUUCCAUCGUGGUGCAGCUAACACUGACUUUCAUCCAUCGGGACCUGAAUAAUGAUUAUAAUGGGAGGCCAUUGUUCUGCUGAUCUCUAAUGGUCGCCCCUCCUCUCCCCUCCCCCCACAGAUGCGUGGAAGCGCUGGCGGUGUACUUCCAGAUGGGCAGCGAGGAGGAACCCUACGUCAGCAUCUCCCGGAAGAAGCACCUCCGCAGCUGGGGGGUGUUCGAGGAACAGGAGCUGGAGGUGGGACACUCCUUGCGGAGAAUGGCCACGCACCGCAACGCCUUCAAGCGCACCGCCGUGAUCCAGGCCUUCCUGGGCUCCACCCCGCAGCUCACCCUCCAGCUGUACGUGACCGUCCUGCAGAGAUACGUGUCCCCCGCACGAGGUUUCCUCAUGGCGAUGUCUCUAACAUCCACCACCUAUGGCGCUUUGGUCCUGAACAUCUUAGCCAUCCAGAUCAAAUACGACGACUACAAAGUUCAGCUGAGCGUGCCGGCUUUCUUCUGCAUCAUCCUGUGGAGGUCCUUGGAAAUCGCCACCCGCGUCACCGUUCUGGUGCUCUUCUGCGCGGCGCUGAAAGCUUGGGUGGCGGCGGUGGUGGUGGUCAACCUGCUGGCCCUCUUCCUAUUGCCUUGGGUCAACUUUUGGAGGAGCGGGAACCGGAUCCCGGAGAACGUGGAGAAAAACUUCAGCCGCAUAGGCACCACGAUGGUCCUGGGCACAAUGACGUUAUUGUACUCGGCGAUCAAUAUGUUUUGCUGGUCGGCAGUCCAACUCAACUUGGCCGAGCAAGGGCUCAUCGACCAGUCCCAGAACUGGAGGCGGCUGGGCCUCCACUACACUUUUCGGCUACUCGAGAACGCGGCCCUGGUUUUGCUCUGGUACUUUUACAAAGAAGACGGCUUCGAGUAUUUUUGCUCCCCACUCCUGGUGGUGCAGCUCCUGGUGGGGUACGUGGCGGCCAUCUUUUUCAUGCUCUAUUUCUACCAGUACUUUCACCCCUGCCGCUCGCUUUUCAGCUACAACGUGUCCGACUUUUUGGUCUGCGCGUGCUGCACAAGAGGAGCAAGGCCUUUGGAGAGGCGCGGGGCGGGGAGAGAGAGCGUAGUAUGA